AUGAUUUAAGCAUCUGAACAAUAUAUUGAAUAAGUAACAGAUUUAUAAUUGAUCAAUAAAGAAAUGUUAAAGGAUAACUUUUUAAAAAAGAUGAGAAAUAGAGAAAACAUCAGAUAAAAUUAUAUUGAAAAAAGAAAAAGUAUAAAUCCCUUGAAUUAUUUACUUUUAGAAAUUAAAUUACAAUAAGACACAAGACCUAAAUUUGAAGAUUUAAUUUGUCCUAUUUGUUUAGAAAUCUUUUAAAAAGUUACUACUACUUAAUGUGGUCAUGCAUUUUGUGAAAUGUGCAUAUUUGAUAGUUUAAUGAGAAAAGCAGUAUAUAGUUAUUUUAAUAAGAGGAAUGUCCUGUUUGUAGAGUGAAAAUUAAAACACACUCAUUCUAAUAUUGUGAAAGUUUUGAUAAUAGAAUCAUUGAUUUAGUUAAUUAAUAUGGAGAUAAAACAUAAAUUGAACAUUUUAGAAAUAGACAAUAGGAGAUGGAAUAAUGGAAUAAAUCUAAAUUGUAUAUAGAUAUUACUAAAUUAGAGUAGAAUGUUUGGUUAUAAAUUAAAAAGUUGAUAUAAUGGAUUAAUAAUUUAUAUGGUGUGUGGCAACAAUAUAAUAAAUUAGUAAAAAGGAACUAUUUAUUCAUUAUGAUGGAUGGGGAAAAGAGUAUGAUGAGUUCAUUCCAUUAUAAUCAAACAGAAUUGCUCCUUUAGGACUUUAUACUAAUAGAGAUGAUAUUCCAAAAUAUUAACAUGAACAAAGACAAUUUGCUGAUAUAAUAGAAUAUAUUAAUUAAUCAGAAUGGUGAACUCUCAAC